GCCCUUGUGGUGUUGCCCACCGUCUAUGGGUGUUGCCCUUUUAAGAGCACAAGCGCGAGAGGCUUGGGGUAUGACGUUUCCAGCGCAAAGACCGGAGUUGAUCCGUACCUAGACACUAGUGGAGCAGCGGAGAGGGCGAAACGACUGCUGCACCGUUUUUUGAACAGACCCCAUCAUGCGUGAAUACAAGCUAGUGGUGCUAGGCUCAGGGGGUGUGGGCAAAUCCGCUCUGACAGUCCAAUUUGUACAGGGAAUAUUUGUGGAGAAGUAUGACCCCACAAUAGAAGACUCCUACAGAAAGCAAGUGGAAGUAGACGGGCAGCAGUGCAUGCUGGAGAUCCUGGACACAGCGGGGACGGAGCAGUUCACGGCGAUGCGGGACCUGUACAUGAAGAACGGCCAGGGUUUUGCACUAGUAUAUUCCAUCACAGCACAGUCCACGUUUAACGACCUCCAGGACCUGAGGGAGCAGAUCCUACGGGUGAAGGACACUGAGGACGUGCCCAUGAUCCUGGUGGGGAAUAAGUGUGACCUGGAGGAGGAGCGGGUGGUGGGGAAGGAGCAGGGCCAGAACCUGGCCCGCCAGUGGAACAACUGUGCCUUCUUAGAGUCUUCAGCCAAAUCCAAGAUCAACGUUAACGAGAUCUUCUAUGACCUGGUCAGGCAGAUAAAUAGGAAAACGCCGGUGGAAAAGAAGAAGGCGAAAAAGAAAUCAAACUGCACUCUGCUCUAAAGCUCCCGCCCGCAGCAGCUCUGAGCCAGAAUGCUGUGAUGAAGAACUGUUGCCCAUUCGGAACGUGCCAGCAUUCCAAACCCCUCCCCCCCAAACCGUAAACACAAGCGUUAGGAAAAGCAUAACCGACGACGCUUCACUCCGCUAAAGAAGGAAGAAGAGAGAAGAUGGGACAUAUCCAAACGGACCGCUCCUCUACUCUUACACCGUAAAGCCGCCCUGAAGAAUAAUUGGGAUUAUCGUUCGUCUGUUGUCGGAUGGCGGGCCCCGGCCGCAGACUGCAGCGGCUUGUCUCUCUCAGCCCCCAGCUUUCCACUGUUUAUGGGAAACGCAAAAUUUCAAACAGGAAAACAGAGACUACAGUAUUUCCGUCUUUGCGAUAGCUUAUUCAAAGAUCGGAAAAUUGACGUUAGUCCUAUGUUUAUAAAUACCUUUCCCUUAAAACCGCAUGGACGCAUUUCAGAUCAAUUGUAGAUGUUGCAAGUGAAAUCAAGUUGAGAUAUUGGCCUUUUUAUAACCCCACACCCUCAGCACUGCACUAAUUGUGUUGGCAGUAAUAGAUCAGUGUCCGUAUAUAUUUCUGUUUUCCCUACGUUUAAGGAGUUCUCUCCAGGUAACACCUUUCCUUGGUGACUUUGUUUUAUAUUUAAAGUCACGGGGCUUUCAUAUUUCCCAUAAUAUAUUCUAAUUCAGAUUUUUUUUUUUUUUUUGCAUAAUAAUGCUUUUGAAAAAAAUGUCUUUUAUAGAGAAGAAAAGGGGAAAAAUAAUAAGAAUUGAUUUCUAUGUCUCUUGAAGCUGAAAUAUAUUAUACUAAACCAACUCUAAUAUUGCUUCUUGUGUUUUCCUGUCACAAAAAUGAUUUUCCAGCUUUUAUGAAUGAUUAAAUUUUAGUACAUUUUCAUUA